UUAAUAGGGGCGGUGACGUCACGGGGGGCGGGGCGGGCGGGGGCGCCGCGCGCAUGCGCCGGACAGCAGCCGCGCCGCUGCAGCAGCGGAGCCGCGUCCAAACGGCGGAGCGCAGAGAGAGCCAUGGCUAGAGAUGGCGAGGGACGCGGCCACACACCCGCCGCGGCUGCGGAGCCUGGCCUGAGGGAGCGGGGGCCAUAGAACCGGCCCGGCGGUGUCACUGAACAACAGGAAAAAUUCCCAAAUAAAUAAACUACCAAAAAUAAUUAAAAAAGAAAGAAAAAGAGAAGGACAAGGCACCGGUUCGGCAGCAGCACCGCCGUCACCAGCCCACAGCGCCCGCCCGCCGCCGCCGGCCCGCGGGAGGAACCGGCCCGCGGCCGCCGCGAAGAGCUCCGGGACACCCCGCCGCCCACCAGAUAGAUGUGCGGUCCAGCCGCCCGCACGGCCGACGAUGAACGCGCAGCUGGCGAUGGAGAACAUCGGCGAUCUGCACGGGGUGAGCCAUGAGCCGGUGCCCGCCGCCGCCGACCUGAUGAGCGGCAGCCCGCACCACCGGAGCGCGGUGGCCCACCGCGGCAGCCACCUGCCUGCCCACCCGCGCUCCAUGGGCAUGGCGUCCAUCCUCGACGGCGGCGACUACCACCACCACCACCGGCCUCCCGACCACGCGCUGACGGGCCCCCUGCACCCCACCAUGACCAUGGCCUGCGAGACACCCCCCGGCAUGAGCAUGAGCAGCACCUACACCACGUUAACCCCUCUGCAGCCUCUACCUCCCAUCUCGACGGUCUCGGACAAGUUCCCUCACCACCACCACCACCAUCACCACCACCACCACCCCCACCAGCGGAUACCGGGCAACGUGAGCGGCAGCUUCACGCUCAUGCGGGACGAGAGGGGUCUGGCGUCUAUGAAUAAUCUCUACACCCCCUACCAUAAGGAUGUUACCGGCAUGGGGCAGAGUCUCUCUCCGUUGUCUGGAUCGGGCCUGGGGAGCAUCCACAACUCCCAGCAAGGGCUGCCCCACUACGCUCACCCUAGUGCCACCAUGCCCGCCGAGAAAAUGCUCACCCCAAACGGAUUUGAAGCCCACCACCCUGCCAUGUUAGCCAGGCAUGGCGAUCAACACCUCACCCCCACCUCCGCUGGCAUGGUGCCUAUCAACGGGAUCCCACACCACCCCCAUGCCCACUUGAAUGCCCAAAGCCACGGGCAGAUCCUGGGCUCUGCCAGGGAGCAAAACCCUUCUGUAACUGGUUCGCAGGUCAACAGUGGAAGUAAUUCAGGGCAAAUGGAAGAAAUCAAUACCAAAGAAGUAGCUCAGAGGAUCACCACCGAGCUCAAGCGGUACAGCAUCCCCCAGGCUAUCUUCGCCCAGAGGGUGCUGUGCCGCUCUCAAGGGACCCUCUCAGACCUGCUGAGGAACCCCAAGCCCUGGAGCAAGCUCAAAUCCGGCCGGGAGACCUUCCGCAGGAUGUGGAAGUGGCUCCAGGAACCGGAGUUUCAGCGGAUGUCUGCUCUGCGGCUGGCAGCGUGCAAGAGGAAAGAACAAGAGCAUGGGAAGGAUAGAGGGAAUACACCAAAAAAGCCUCGGUUGGUCUUCACAGAUGUCCAGCGUCGAACUCUACAUGCAAUAUUCAAGGAAAAUAAGCGUCCGUCCAAAGAAUUACAAAUCACCAUUUCCCAGCAGCUUGGGUUGGAGCUGAGCACCGUCAGCAACUUUUUCAUGAAUGCACGGAGGAGGAGUCUGGAUAAGUGGCAAGACGAGGGCAGCUCCAAUUCAGGCAACUCAUCUUCUUCAUCAAGCACUUGUACCAAAGCAUGAAGGAAUAACCACGAACUAAACCUCGGUGGAAAAGCUUUAUAAAUAAAUAAAUAAAGACAGACCAGGACCUCAAGAUAGCAGGUUUAUACUUAGAACUAUUUGAAAAAAAUGUUAUUUAUAAGUCCAAAGAAACCAAAGACUUAUUUCACCUGCAUUACGACUUUGUUCUAAGACACACACUUUAGUAGGACGACGACUUGCAAAAAAAAUUGAGAGGAAGAAGAAAGUGAAACAGAGGGAGUGAAACAGUAUGGGAAGAGAAGAGAAGAGAAACAGACCACUGGUGUUACACCUUCACCCAUGAUCAUCUUCACCGUACUUGGCUGUUUAGUGGUUUGGAGCAUCGUGAUUUCUUGUCGUUGGAUGGACAUCUCUUCAGACAUGGCUCUUCAUUUCCACAGCAGUUGCCAUGAAGGUGUAUGGUGUACCCGUACCGCGUGCACGCCGGUGGGCAGGGACUUAGUCAGGGCUGGUCUUCAGAGCGGGUUGUGCCACGGCACGACCGGCAACGCGUGGAGUCGUCUGAAUCCAUUUGAACGGUAGUGUGAGUUUUGCUGUUUCGUGGUUUGAACUUAACCGGUGCGACGCCUGGAAACAAGUUCAAACUAGGCAAAGAAGUUUUGAAUGGUACCUAAACCAGUGCAUUCUCUUUGUUUGUUAAGGAAUGUUCAGAUUUUAAAAAGGAAAACUAUUCCAUCCAUAAAAAAAAAAAAAAAUCGACUAGCUACCAAAGAACACAUUUAAUAAUUAUAUUGCAGGUAUUUUAUUGCAAUGAUUUUAAUAUUCCAAAGCUAUUUUUACACAAAAUACUAUGUAGAGUUAUAGGUAUAAACUAAUCUAACUGUAUAACACAUAAAACUUGUAAUCAAGACUGUUAUUUGCAAUUAGUAAAGCCACAUCAUUGAUUCUUUCCAUGAUUGGCAAGAAAGAAUGCCAUCCCAGGAGCGCGGGCACCGAUACCGCGGUGCCGCUGCCCUUGGGGCCGGUCGGCCUUUGUGCUGCUGACUUCAGGAGGAGCCGGGCAGGGGCUGUUGGGCCACGGGCAGGACGGCACGGCAGCGCUUGAGCGCGUGUCCGGCCGCUCUCGUGUGCGUGUCCGGUGGCACUUGAGUGCGUGGCCGGCGGCACUCCUGUGCAUGUCUGGCCGCUCUCAUGUGCGUGUCCAGUGGCGCUCGUGUGCGUAUCCGGCAGCGCUCGAGUGCACGGCCCCGGGUGACGCUCUCCCGGGUGACGCGGGCACCGUGCAGCGCUCUUUGCAAACGGCGCCGUACAGAAACACGGCUCAGCUCUGCCAUCUAGCCUGCAAACAGGAGACCCGAGCCAUUCCGUAUGCAAAAUGAAAAGAAUCGCGAAAUGUAAAACCACAGGGCUCGGCAUCUGAUCGAUACUCAUUGACAUCAGUGAGCUUUUUUUACCUAUUGACUUCACUAGGCAGAGGAACAGCAAUAGCUUUGAAGGCUCAUGGUCUGUUGCUUUUGAAAGCAGUGGAACGAGAUCAGAUAGCGUUGGUGGGGAGCUCCGGCCGUGCUUUCGGAAGGCUGAGUCGCGGUGCCUCUGAAGUCAAUAGCGAAACUCCCAUGGCACCAAGACGCGGCCUGAUGGUUUGUGGCCUCGUACCUGUGUGCAGCAGGCUGGGCUUUGCUCCUGUGCGUUCUUUCUUGCCCAUCUAUUAAUCAGGAUAAUGCAUGAAAUAGUUUAAAGCUCGUAGCUGAAAAGCUUCAAAUGCUGUGUUGCUAACAGACCCGUAGAAGAUAAAUCAUCCCGUUGAUACUCUAAUAAAUUAAAAAGAAAAGCGUGCAACAUCUGCAUAUUAAAUUUUAGUGUAAGGGGAAAAUAGACUUUAAAAACCACACAUGUGCCUGUUAGAUUUCUAACCGGUGUUUCAAACUACUGUAGUAAUUCUACUAGGUGUAUUAAAUCCCAAAGUAACCAAAUAUGCAGGUAUAGGCCCAAUGCAAGGAUUAGAAAUAGGUAAUCUUACCUACACCCUUAAAAAAAGAAAUAAAUAAAAAUAAAAGAGAGAAAGGAGAAGUCAAGGCAAACCAGAAUCCAACCAGCAUCAGCAACAGCAGAUACUGGGUUUGGGAUGAAGCCCACUCAAAACUCUAGUGACGCCAAAGUUACCAAUUUUGUAGCACCAGUUGUUUUCCCAGAGGACAGGGUCUGGUCAAGAUUCAGGGUAUCUGAACCAGUUAAUUUCCACUAAGUGUUUAGAAUACAGCUGAAAUAUCUCUUUAUUAAAAUAAUUCAAACAAACCCAAGGCUUUUGGCAUAGAAUCUUUCUCCACAUUUUCCUAUGUUAAACCCACUUUAAGACUGACAAAGCAACUGUCUAUACAAGCGUGAUCUAAUCCAUGAGUUUUUCAAGUCUCUAGCUUACCCUAAAUUGUAGCGAGCCACUUUUAAACGUUCCAUCCCCACAGAGACAUUACAGACACAUUCAUAAGCUCGCCUAUAAUGUAUCUAAUGAAUGCCUCCUCAUUAGUGUAAGCUUACUAAAGGACGGUGAUAACUAACGUUUUAGUUUUUUCCAGCAAAACACUGCUUUGUAAUGUACUUAUAGUUUAGAAAAGAAAGCCUUAUUUAUUUAAAACUUGAGAAUUUAAAAAUGCAGGGAAAUUCAAGGUACAUUGCCGCGUUUUUUAGUGUUUCCUUUGUAUUGUCUUUAGAGACUACUUGCUGAAACCAAAGAGAACUUUCAUACCAGCAUUAGAUUUGCACCCAAUAUGCAAUUUCAGGAUCUCUGAUACACACACACACAGAGGCAAGUCCCUGAAUAGGUCUGUGUAUAUAUACAUGCACACACAUUUUUAUGGGGGUGUAUGUAUGUAUACAUGUGCACACAUACAUCCACACACACACUAAAACUGAUGCACAAGUUAUAGACUUUAAGUGUUUUGAUUUUUUUAAUGUCUGUUUAAGUAUAUGUAAACCUUUUGGUUUUUUUACAAGCCAUUAGGAACAAAACCACUCUUCCCAUAAGCAAUACGCGCCUCAUACUCUGAAUAGGCAAAGAACACACUUUUCUUUAGUUCGUUUCAAAACAUGAAGCAAAUAAGUAGGGAGCUGCUCGUCUACGUGUGAAGCUGUUUUACCUCCGAGCAGACUGCCCGGGUGCAGGCCCUGAGCACGGACGGUUCCCGCUGCCCCCGCUCCGACCCUGCCCUCCCCAGCAGGGCGUCCUGAACGGGAGCGUCUCGCUGAUGCUGCGCUUAGCUUGGCCCAGGAAAGCCCGUCCCUGUUGAAUCAGCGUUAGGCUUCCGGUUCACUUCAUUCCUGACAAAAUGGAAACGAGUUCCAGAUUCAACAAAAGGACAUAAAUCUGCCAGGGGGGUUAGGAGAGGGAGCAGAAUCUGAACCAGUUUGGGAGCAUCAGGACAUGAGGCUUCAGUCCCAGGUGACUCCGCGGGCGAGAGGGCAUUAGGAACGUGCGUGGGCUGGCAGCCCGCAUCCCAACCUGACCGCACUGACCCGCUGGGGGAGGCUGGCCAGGAGGUGAACUGUCCACAUCCAUCCCCAUUGUAAAUGGCAUUAUUAGCUUUCCACAGAAAAAAUCAGACUGACCCGUACCCCCACGUUAACCCCUCCUGGCUUCCCAGGGGCCUCAGCCUCCUCUCCUCACUCAGGUAAAGCAAACCCGACAAGAGCGAGCGAGGCAGCAACGGGGCUUUCUGCCCGAGAACGUGCUCCAGCGGCACCAAAGCGAGUUCCCGGGGUCCCGGGCCCAGCCCCGGGCACCGCGCUCCCCUGGUGCCGGGGCUCAGCUGCUGCGAGGGCUCGGAAACACCACUGAGCUUAUACCAAAGAGUCUUAGGACACCUCUCUUCACCUGAGUUGUAAACAAGACAUUUUUACCCAGAAAAUCAGUCCUUCUUUCUACUACUCUUCCUCCUAUCCUCCUCCUCUUCCUCCUCCUUUGUACAUAAGGAUGAAAACUAUGCAUUUAGCAAACAAAGAGAAAGCACUUACCCUUUUCUAUCUCGCUGCGUUUGGGUGCAUUCAAAGGCCCAGGGGCUAAUUUUGAGACUUUGCUUAGCCUCCUGGUUUAUUAUUGUGGUGUGGUUAGCUUUACAAUACAUUUGGUAACUAUUUGCUAAAGACAAAGAAGCAAAAGGUAAGGAAUAGCUACUUCCACGUGUUAAAAAAAAAAAAAAAAAAGGAAAAAAAAGUGUGUAAAGAUCUACUAUUUAUAGUGUGAACCAAAGACGCUACCUCACUCGAUUUCCAUUGGUGAUUUUAAUCACAUUGAUGAUACCAAAGAAUACCAAAGAUUUUUCAUGCACGGCCUUGGUCUGUAAAGGGAACUCAUCCUCCUCCUUCCCCCGUCCCCAUCUCCCCUCCUCACCUUCACUCCGUGUGCAACCUUGUCUUCAUUCCUAAUGGUAAUGCUGAUAACCGUACGAAUACUUCUCUCGCUACAACUGCUACUACUGACGCUGACAAGGAUAAUAAUAAUAAUAAUAAUAAUAAUAAUAAUAAUAAUAAUAAAGCUCUAGGCAAACAUGUUGCAAACUUUGUAAACUCAUAGGACGAGUGCCUUGCUUGAACCAAAGUGUUAAACCGCUGUUGACCUCUUUAUCUCUCACCUUAUACUCUUUGAAUACCUCAGCCUCUUAGAAAGGCCACUAAUGAAAAAAGGAAUAAUUCUUCACCGUGGUGCUUUUGCCGUGCAACCAUGCAAUGAAACUUUCUUUGAUACCAAAGGAAAAUGUUCUUUCCACUUUCUUGCUGACAAACCAAAGGUUCCCUCUUUUUCCCCCAGAGCAGCUUGAGUCCCUGAGCCCAGACAGGCCGUGCAUCGCUUUUACCAAUUCCUCCAAAUACCUCAUAGUAAUAAAUCUUUAGGGUUAUGUUGUAUAGAGAGUCUAUGUGAUAAGGCAGAACUUACUAGUUUGAUAAUUGUUAAGGUUACUUAAAAAAGCUUUAUAAUUCUUAUUUAUUUUGUAGGGGUUGUUUUGUUUGUACGUUCCUUUUAUAUCGUUUGGUUCGGGUUUGGGUUUCUUCUCCUUUUCCUUUCUUUUUUGGCAGAACUUCUGUGUUAUCCUCAAGGAAGAUCUUAUUCCUGGGAAUGUUUCCAAGUGGGUAAAGGUUGCUGUCUGCAGUGAACGCAAGGAAGGGAAACGUGGCUUUGAUUUCUUUGUGUUUGCCAGUCAAUGUUCUUUUCACAGGGUAAAAGAAAUAUUCUCUGCUGUGAUAAAUGGUUCCUAUUUUUUCUCUAUAAUGUGCUGUGAUUUUUAAUUUAAUUACAUUUUGUAUAUGCUUAUUUAAUCACUGCUUUAAUUUAUGACUAUGUAGUUUAAAAAAAAAUGUAUAUAGUAGAUUCAAAAAUGGCCAAAGCUUUAUGUUACAAUCUCUUCAUUGUUGAUGCCGAGAUGAACUGAAGGAGAGUGCUUCUCUUGACUGCAGGGUGUAUCUUCAGCCUUGUCUUGGCAUGCACUUCCACCGUGUUACAAACACUGCCAGGUUACCCCCCCGGGCCUCCCUCGCCCCAACUUGUACAUGCCAAAAUGAGUGUUCCAAGGUAGUACUUUUGUCACUUAGAGAGCAGAAAGGCAUUAUUAGUGUGUUUUUCCUUUAAUUUAUUUGUCUUUUUCUAGAAAGGUUGCUUUGCGGGUGAGACCCGCACAUCCAAAGAGUUUUAAAGUCGUUUAAUGUUUAAAAGCACUGGCAUUUGUGAGAGACUUUGCUGAGUUUUUGUUUUCCUUCGCCAUUCGCACGGGUAGCGCAAGUAGCGGGCGUAAGGCUCGGGAGAAAAGCUGACUUGAAUUUGGAAACCUUGCUCACGGAAGCGCCUUCGCCAGCGCCGGGCCCCGCGGGGGCUCCGCUCCCCCGGGCACCGCGGGGCGGCCGGGGCGCGGCGGGCGGUGGGACGGAGCGCUCGGGGCUGGGGCCACCACGGCGCGCCCUCUCCAGCCAAGGCGGCGGGGGCCGGGCCGGGGUCUGCGAGGGGCAGCCGGGCCAGCCGCCGGGCUGCGGCCGCAUCCGGGCUCAGGGUGGCGGCAGAACCGCGGUGCCCGGCUGCGGGUGAGCGGGGGCACGGCCGGGGCAGCGUCCACCCCUCCGAGUGCCCGGGGCUGCCCCGGCCCCUUGAGGGAGGAAAGAACUGUUUUGAAUUGAAAAGCAAAAAAGAAAAGUAAUGACAAUGAUAAUUCUGCAAAGCUGAUGAUGGCAUCAAGGCACAGAAAAUAGGAUGCCACUCGCCUGUGUUUUAUUUUGCGUAAACAAUAGGUUCUGUUUCAACUGAAUGUUGUGGGCUGACAUGGUUUGUGAUGCUGUAAAUACUUCCUUUCCUCGCACAGUAGCUGAGCUCCGGGUGUACCUUGUUUUCCCUUGGGGGAUAGCGGAGGGGUUGGGGCGGGGAGGACAAGGGCAGGGUGCGAGCUUUUGGUCAUUUUGGUCAGAAGUUACACUUUCUAGGUACAUUUUUAUACUUCAAGUAUUGAAACGGGGCAAUAAAUACGCUCUGAAAUGCAGGAUCAUUAAAUGGUCUGUCGGCAAGCACUGGCUGAAUGUCUGCUCUGCACACAUGAACCGGUGCUGUGCAGUUACAUUUCACAGGGAGGGGGGAGACAAAGCGUUAGUCUAGGACUCCAGCUCAAGCCACCGAGCACUGGACAGAGCUGCGCUUAGCAAGACACGGUUUCUUCUCCCCUUCCCCUAGUCCGAUUUUUCACGGUCCGUUUUGCAUUUAUUGCAUCCGCACUCUGGAACCGCGUUAGUUUUGCAGCCUGAACCGAACAACAGUGUUAAAUGACAAUAACCGUCAAAGCAUUGUCUUUUACUUGCUUUGGUAGCUGUUUCCACAGCCCCCUGCCCGCAAUCGGCCCCAGCCGAGCGGAGCCCGGUCCCCGGCCCCCCGGCCCCCGGUCCCCGGCCCCCGGCCCCCCGGCCCCCGGCCCCGCUCCGGCCGCCGCCGCGCAGAGGGCGCCCGAGACAAUCACAGGUCCCACAUCCGUAGAGGUAGGAAAAUAUUCCAAGAGCAAGAGGAUGUUCUUCCAGAGCAACGAAACAAAACGGGGAAAAAACAACAAAAAAAAAAAAGUUAAAAAAAAAAAAGAAAAAAAAAACAAAAACAAAAACAAAAAAAGCGAAGAUUUUGAUAAAACACAACUUUGCUGUCAUUUUUAGUUCGCCCAUUAGGAAGCAGUAGUAGUUUAUGCAUCGCAUCUGCAUUUCAGACUAAGUGAUUAUUGUACCUAAUUACAGUUGAUUGCUAAUAUUUCCUCAAUCUCUUUCUUAGUCAAGCGCUUCUUCUUCUGUAUUUUUGUGUGUAGCGGCGACAAGUGUGAUGCGCUAGGCAUUAUUCUGGUUUGGUUAUGAGUAUCUCCUGUACUGCGUUAAGAUUUCCUUAAGUUCCCUUUUUUAAGCUUUGCUACUGUUCUCACUUGAUGCCGUGCAAUAUCAUCUGCUGUGUUUGCUAAGCAAAAAAAGUCAAAAAAAUUUAAAAAAAGGAAAAAAAAGAAAAAAAAAGAAAAAAGCAAGUGAUGAUGUCAUCAUGCUUUUCAGUGUUACAAUGUUUCAGCGUUUAUGUAGUCACAAAAUGUAGUAAAUAAAAGGUUGGAUUUUCCAGCACUUUAAAUUUA